UGUUUUUAAAAGGCAAUCACGGUGCCGAGGCGCGCGGGCCUGGAAGACCAUGAGCGCUCUGGGCUUGGGUCGUUGUCGCCGUGCCCAGCUUUCCCGCCUCGUCUCUUUCAGCGCGACCCACCGGCUCCACAGCAAAUCUUUGAGUAAUGAAGAAAACUUGAAACUGUUUGGGAAAUGCAACAAUCCAAAUGGCCAUGGACACAAUUACAGAGUUGUGGUGACAGUACAUGGAGAGAUUGAUCCUGUUACAGGAAUGGUUAUGAACUUGACUGACCUCAAAGAGUGUAUGGAGGAGGCAAUUAUGAAGCCCCUUGAUCACAAGAAUCUGGAUCUGGAUGUGCCAUACUUCACUGAUGUGGUGAGCACGACAGAAAAUGUGGCUGUUUAUAUCUGGGAAAACCUUCAGAAAUUUCUUCCUGUGGGAGUUCUUUAUAAAGUAAAAGUGUAUGAAACUGACAAUAAUAUUGUAGUCUAUAAAGGACAAUAGAUCUUUGGGUUAGCAUUGUAGAAAGACCUGAUUUUUUUCUGUAUUUGAAAAAGAUCUUUAUCUCCUUAGAGCAUUAAGGAGUCAUCACAUAAUUGUUGUACCUGCACAUUGUGUUCUGGAAUGCAGAUUUAUUUAAAUUAUUGUAAGACCUGUUUUAAAAUUAAAUCUGUUUUAAAACCAAAUUUGUACUAUAUCCUCAAUGUCAUUCUGGGAAUCUUUUAUUUACAGAUUAAA